GAGAGAAGGAGGAGGAGGAAGAGAGAUUCAACAAGAGGAGGAAGCUCAGUCAGUACCACACAGCUGAGAGGAACUCUACUGAGUAGAGAGGGACUCUGCACUUACAACACUACUCCUCUACAAAUCCAGAUAGAGCCUAGUGUUCCUUCUUCAAACAGAUCAGAAUAUGGAGACAUAAAGGACAUCUUUACAGGACUGCUUCUUCUGCUCUGACCGAGUUUGAGAGACCAGACUCAGAAACGAGGGUCAGACGAGAGACAGCCCUCGUCCAGGACCAGCAUAGAGAGACAGCCCUCGUCCAGGACCAGCAGAGAGACAACCCUCGUCCAGGACCAGCAUAGAGAGACAGCCCUCGUCCAGGACCAGCUGAGAGAUCAGCCGAGAGACAGCCCUCGUCCAGGACCAGCAUAGAGAGACAGCCCUCGUCCAGGACCAGCAUAGAGAGACAGCCCUCGUCCAGGACCAGCAUAUAGAGACAGCCCUCGUCCAGGAUCAGCAGAGAGAGACAGCCCUCGUCCAGGAUCAGCAGAGAGAGACAGCCCUCGUCCAGGAUCGGCAGAGAGACAGCCCUCGUCCAGGACCAGCAGAGAGACAACCCUCAUCCAGGACCAGCAGAGAGACAACCCUCGUCUAGGACCAGCAGAGAGACAACCCUCGUCCAGGACCAGCAGAGAGACAACCCUCGUCCAGCACCAGCAGAGACACAGCAAUUGAUUUUGACACCCCUGUGUUAAGGCAUUGCAAACUAUAUGACUACAGUACAAACUGUAAUAUAGAGGACCUGUGGAACCUCCCUAGUGGAAUCCUGAAUCACUGUGGAACCUCCCUAGUGGAAUCCUGAAUCACUGUGGAACCUCCCUAGUGGAAUCCUGACUCACUGUGGAACCUCCCUAGUGGAAUCCUGAAUCACUGUGGAACCUCCCUAGUGGAAUCCUGAAUCACUGUGGAACCUCCCUAGUGGAAUCCUGAAUCACUGUGGAACCUCCCUAGUGGAAUCCUGAAUCACUGUGGAACCUCCCUAGUGGAAUCCUGACUCACUGUGGAACCUCCCUAGUAGAAUCCUGACUCACUGUGGAACCUCCCUAGUAGAAUCCUGAAUCACUGUGGAACCUCCCUAGUGGAAUCCUGACUCACUGUGGAACCUCCCUAGUGGAAUCCUGAAUCACUGUGGAACCUCCCUAGUGGAAUCCUGACUCACUGUGGAACCUCCCUAGUGGAAUCCUGAAUCACUGUGGAACCUCCCUAGUGGAAUCCUGAAUCACUGUGGAACCUCCCUAGUGGAAUCCUGAAUCACUGUGGAACCUCCCUAGUGGAAUCCUGACUCACUGUGGAACCUCCCUAGUGGAAUCCUGAAUCACUGUGGAACCUCCCUAGUAGAAUCCUGAAUCACUGUGGAACCUCCCUAGUGGAAUCCUGAAUCACUGUGGAACCUCCCGUGUAGAAUCCUGAAUCACUGUGGAACCUCCCUAGUGGAAUCCUGAAUCACUGUGGAACCUCCCUAGUGGAAUCCUGAAUCACUGUGGAACCUCCCUAGUGGAAUCCUGAAUCACUGUGGAACCUCCCUAGUGGAAUCCUGAAUCACUGUGGAACCUCCCGUGUAGAAUCCUGAAUCACUGUGGAAUCUAGAACUAUCCUGCCUGGAAUCCUCCAUCUCCUCCCUGAACUGUUGAAUACGUUCUAGAACAGGUUCUAGAGUCAGAAUGGGUUCUACUGUUCCUGUUUCGUCCAUGGUGUUAGUGCUGGUGGUGUUCCACACCUUCACAGUGGGACAGUGUCAGAGCCAACCCAACCUGACAGGAAAUCUCCCUGUCUCAGCCUUCCACAGUACAGACACCCCCCUGGGUCUGCUACUGGACCCCCAAAACCCCUCCCAAAACCCCCAAGACAUCGCAUCUCUGAACCUCAUUACCCCCAUCUCAUCCACACCCUCUCCUGACUCUGACCGUGGACACCAACAUCUGAAACACGGACCCCAUCACCUCACCUCCAACACGUCGUCCCGGGCAGUGCGUGUUCAGCCUGUAGUACCCCCUGUCUGCCACCAGGUGACCUUCAUAAAGACAGCCUUCAAAUACAUAAACACAGUGAUUAGCUGUGUGAUAUUCAUGGUGGGGAUGGUGGGAAACGCCACUCUACUGAGGAUUAUCUACCUGAAUAAGACGAUGAGGAACGGACCUAACGCUCUGAUCGCCAGCCUGGCCCUGGGAGAUCUGAUCUAUAUCACUAUAGAUAUACCCAUCAACGUUUAUAAGCUCCUGGCUGUCUCGUGGCCGUUCGAUGACAGCUCCAUUGGUCUGUUCCUCUGUAAACUGUUCCCCUUCCUGCAGAAAGCUUCUGUUGGCAUCACUGUACUCAACCUGUGUGCCCUGAGCGUGGAUAGGUAUCGUGCGGUAGCGUCGUGGAGCAGGGUCCAGGGUGUCGGGGUUCCCCUGUUAACAGCAGUAGAGAUCAUCUCUAUUUGGUUGUUAUCCAUUCUGAUGGCUGUACCAGAGGCUAUAGGAUUCAACAUGGUCACCUUUGAGUACAGGAAUGCGACCAUACGGACCUGCAUGCUCAACCCACAGACACCAUUCAUGACGUUCUACCGGGAUGCCAAAGACUGGUGGUUGUUUGGAUUCUAUUUCUGUGUUCCGUUGGCGUGUUCCGCAGUGUUCUACACUCUGAUGACAUGUGAGAUGUUACAUCACAGAGACGGAUCUCUCCGCAUCGCGCUCAGCGAACACCUCAAACAGCGUCGGGAGGUAGCCAAGGCAGUGUUCUGUCUGGUCCUGAUCUUCGCUCUGUGCUGGUUCCCUCUGCAUCUCAGCAGGAUCCUGAAGAAGAUGGUUUACAUGCCUCACGACGCCCGACGCUGUGAACUGCUCAAUUUCCUGUUGGUCCUCGACUACUUCAGUAUUAACCUGGCCACAGUCAACUCCUGCAUCAAUCCCAUCAUACUCUACUUCGUUAGCAAGAAGUUCAAAAACUGCUUCAAGUCAUGUCUGUGUUGUUGGUGUGACUCCAGUUUCCUGAUCGACAGUAUGGUACCUCAGAACCUCAACGGAACCAGCCUACAGAAUAAGAACCCAGAUCAACAGUAUGGUACCUCAGAACCUCAACGGAACCAGCCUACAGAAUAAGAACCCAGAUCAACAGUGUGGUACCUCAGAACCUCAACGGAACCAGCCUACAGAAUAAGAACCCAGAUCAACAGUGUGGUACCUCUGAACCUCAACGGAACCAGCCUACAGAAUAAGAACCCAGAUCAACAGUGUGGUACUCUGAACCUCAACGGAACCAGCCUGAAGAAUAAGAACCCAGAUCAACAGUGUGGUACCUCAGAACCUCAACGGAACCAGCCUACAGAAUAAGAACCCAGAUCAACAGUGUGGUACCUCUGAACCUCAACGGAACCAGCCUGCACAAUACGAACCCAGAUCAACAGUGUGGUACCUCAGAACCUCAAUGGAACCAGCCUGAAGAAUAAGAACCCAGAUCAACAGUGUGGUAUCUCUGAACCUCAACGGAACCAGCCUACAGAAUAUGAACCCAGAUCAACAGUGUGGUACCUCAGAACCUCAACGGAACCAGCCUGAAGAAUAAGAACCCAGAUCAACAGUGUGGUACCUCUGAACCUCAACGGAACCAGCCUACAGAAUAAGAACCCCAUAAUGACAAAGCAAAAACUGUUUUGUAGAAAAUGUUGCUAAUUUAAUUCAAAUAAAUAACUGAAAUAUUCCAUUUACAAAAGUAUUCAGACCCUUUACUCAGGGCGUUGGAAGCGAUUACAGAAUCGAGUCUUCUUGGGUAUAAUGGUACAAGCUUGUCACACCUGUAUUUGGGGAGUUUCUCCCAUUCUUCUCUGCAGAUCCUCUCAAGCUCUGUGAGGAUGGAUGGGGAGCGUCGCUGCACAGCUAUUUCAGGGCUCUACAGAGAUGUUUGAUCGAGUUCAAGGACAUUCAGAGACUUGUCCCGAAGCCACUCCUGCACUGUCUUGGCUGUGUGCUUAGGGUCGUGGUCCUGUUGGAAGGUGAACCUUCGCCCCAGUCUGAGGUCCUGAGUGCUCAGGAGCAGGUUUUCAUUAAGGAUCUCUCUGUACUUUGCUCUGUUCAUCUUUCCCUCAAUCCUGACUAGUCUCCCAGUCCCUGCCGCUGAAAAACA